AUGAUGAAAUACCAUAAACGAGCGUUUUCAGCAAUUUAUAGAAUUGUGCAACUUCUUUUUAGUAUUGCCGCGCUAGGAGUUUCAGCUGCGGGAGUUCAUUUAAUGGGAAGUUGGGAAAAGGGCAACUUUUCCAUAGCAGUAAGUGCAUUGUCAUGUGUUUACUUGAUUUCCGCCUUGACGUUGUAUAAAUAUUUCACUGCCAUUGUUGCACUUUGUUGUGAUAUAAUUGGAUUUGUUUUGUGGAUAAUUUCAUUUGCUCUUGUCACUCAAGUUUGGUCCGGAGCAGAUUGUUCCUAUGAUUUUUCUUCGUCAUACUAUUAUUACUACAUUGAUUUUGAUUGGAGCAAAAUCUGUCAUGUUUAUAUGGUGGUGAUUGCUUUUGGAGCAGUCAAUUGGGUUUCAUAUCUUGGAUCUAUAUUCUGUAUCGCAAGACUUACUUCCAGGAAAGACCUGUCUUUUUUGGUGAUGGACGUUUUAUCAUAUGCUGACGAGCCGGUGAAUGAUAUUGAAGCUGCAGUUAGUUUGGAGGCCGCUCCACCAGCAAAUAUAGUCAAUGACGUAUCACAACCUGAGGAAACCAAGCUCAAUUGA